AUGGCAGAAAAUGCAUCAGUAGCACAACAUCUGAACGAAUUUAACACCAUCAUAAAUCAAUUGUCGUCUGUAGAAAUUGAUUUUGAUGAUAAGAUUCGUGCACUGAUCAUUUUGGCUUCUUUGCCAAAUAGUUGGGAGGAGAUUCGUAGAAGAGAUGCAGGUAAAACCUUAGGAUCUGGUUCUACUCUAAACCUUGAGGCAAGAGGUAAAGGUCAUUUUAAGAGACAAUGCAAAAGUCCUAAGAAGAAGAAUGAAGAUGACUCUACUAAUGCUGUAAUAGAAGAGAAAAGGGGUGAAAAAGAUAAGGAGAAUGUAAAUUCACAGGUAGAUCAGAGUACACCUGUAGCUAAAGUCCGUAGAUCUUCUAGGAACAUUAGACCUCCACAGCGUUAUUCACCUGCUCUAAAUUAUCUCCAAUUGAUUGAUGGUGGAAAAAAGGCUUUGCACAACAAAUGGGUAUAUAGAAUAAAGAAUAACCGUGAUGGUAGCAAAUGUUACAAGGACAGAUUAGUUGUUAAAGGGUUCCAACAGAAGGAGGGCAUUGACUACACAGAGACAUUUUCUCCAAUUGUGAAGAUGUCAACAAUUAGACUGGUACUAGGAAUAGUGGUUGCAGAAAAUUUACAUCUUAAGCAAUUAGAUGUGAAAAUGGCAUUUCUUCAUGGUGACUUGGAGGAAAACCUUUACAUGAUUCAGUCAGAAGAGUUCAUUGUUUAG